UCAGCUGUUCGUUCUGGGCAGCACUAUUUUGGUAAACACGCGCGGACCGCCGCCGUAUUAAGCCAAAUAAAUCCGGAAAAGUAAACCCUUUGCCGGAGUUAUAUCCAUCUCCUCUUGUGCUUGUGAGCUCCAACGAUCCCUCCCCAUCGACGGACAUGCAGGCGAACCUACUAGGCCGCAGCGGCCACCUGUUGCGUCACAGCCUCCAAAACACCAGGAUAUGGAAGCCAAGAUUCACGAGCACCGCUGCAGGAAAGGAUCCGGAGGAGGACAGCCUAACCAUCGGUGAUGUGAGCGUGCGUCUGCAGAAGCCCAAGGAUCCCCAACUGGUGCCACAACAAUACGUGAAAUACGCUCCGGAUGGCACGCUUCAGUUGUCGCAAUCGGCGCUCCAUCACCUGCGUUGGAUGCUGCAGAAGGAUGCGCUGCGGCAGGACAUGUUCCUGUUGGGACAGCCGGGUCCCCUGCGCCGCCAGCUGGCCAUGCAGUUCCUGGAGCUCACACAGCGCGAGGUGGAGUACGUGUCCCUCAGCCGGGACACCACCGAGAGCGACCUGAAGCAGCGACGCGAAAUCCACGACAGGGCGGCCGUCUAUCACGAUCAGGGAGCAGUGAGAGCGGCGCUCAAUGGUCGCGUUCUGGUUCUCGAUGGAGUGGAGCAUGCCGAAAGGAAUGUUCUGCCCAUACUGAACAAUCUGCUCGAGAAUCGCGAGAUGCACUUGGAGAGCGGCAAGUUUUUGAUGUCGCCCGAGCGUUACGACAAGCUUUUGGAGAAACACACCCGCGAGCAGCUGGAUGAAUGGGGUCUGCUGCGCGUUUCGGAGCAAUUUAGAGUUGUGGCUUUGGGCUUACCAACCCACAAGUACAAGGGCACGCCGCUGGAUCCUCCACUGCGUUCCCGCUUCCAGUCGCGCAAUGUAACCACCUACUCCUAUGGCGAACUCUACGAGGAACUGCAGCAGGAGGCGCCUUCUGUCCCUGGCGAACACCUAAAGCAAUUGCUCACCUUUGCCUUGACUUUGCAGCAAGCAGAUCCGACUCUCCAACUGCCGGAUUUUCCACUCCACAACCUGCAACUGGGCGUCAAAAUGCUGGAAACCAAUCCCUCGCUGAGUCUGCACGAUGUCCUUAGUCGCAUUUUUCCAUAUCAAACCAUGCUUAAGUCCGAUCAAAAGAAGCGCGUUGAGGAGCUGCUCAAGAAACUGGACAUCCAACUGAUUCCCAGUGGGAGCAUCAAGAAAAUCGACAGCAACAGGGGAGAUCAAUCCGGGAUUAUCAUUCGUUUGGAUGACCUGCAGCUUGAUUUGCCUGGUGGACAAACCCCACCGGCUGUCACUAACUUUGUGGAUCUGCCGCAUCAGAGACAAGCCCUCGCCAGUCUGCUGCAGGCCUACGCAGUUGGGGAUGUGUGUCUCGUGGGCGAGAAGGGUGUGGGCAAGCUAACCCUCACCCAGGAACUCCUACGCCUUCUCCAGCAAACCUCGGAGCCCAUGAUGCUGUACGAGGACAUGACCAGCAGGGAUAUUGUGCAGCAGCGCAUCACGAGUCCGCAGGGGGACACUGUGUGGCGGGAUUCACCGCUGGUCCGGGCGGCCAAAACAGGAUCCGUGGCGAUUCUCAAUGGCCUGCAUCGCCUGCACAAAAGCACAGCCAGCGUUUUGCAGAGACUCAUCCACGAUCGUGAACUGCAGCUGUGCGAUGGCACCACUCUCCUAGGUGCAAAUCGCUAUCAAUCGCUGAUCCAACAAGGAUUCACGGAGGAGCAGCUGGACAAACUCGGUUUCCUGCCCAUGCACGAAUCGUUCCGCGUGGUGGCUUUGGCGGAACCGCCGCGUCUUGGUGGCGGACAGCCCAGUUGGCUGACACCCGAGCUGCUCAGCCUGUUUCUCUACCAGGAGCUGCGUCCCCUGCGCCAGAGCGAAGAGCAGGAGCUGCUGGCUCAGCUCUGCGGUGGAGAACUGCCUGCUGGCAUGGACCCUCUGCUUAAGUUGGCCCAACUGCUGCGCUCCUCGCAGGAUCCCCUGCUGCAAGGUCUGGCGGGCACUUUGUCCACCAGGCAACUCCUGAAACUGGCUCGCCGCUUGGCUGCCUAUCCGGAUAGUGAGCAAAGUGACCUGUACGAAAUGCUGCAGAACACAUUCCUCGCCAGAUUCAUGCCCGCCCUUUCGCGGAGUGCCCUGGAACAAGCCAUCCACCAAGUGGGCAUCGAGCCGAGGGAAACGAAGCUGAAGUUCAGGAAAAACCAGAUAGCCGUGGAGGACAACUCGCUGAGGAUCGGCUCCACGCGCUGGCCCUUGGGCAAUCCCAGCCAAGCACAGCUUUCAAAGGUUCCCAGCACCCUGUUCUACGAGAUGCCGCAGCAUGUCCAGCUGCUGGAGCGCCUGCUGCAGGACUACCUCAUCGGCGAGCACCUUCUCCUAGUGGGCAACCAAGGGGUGGGCAAGAACAAGCUGGUGGACCGCCUGCUGGAGCUGAUGCAGCGUCCCAGGGAGUACAUCCAGCUGCAUCGCGACACCACGGUGCACAGUCUGACCCUCCAGGCGACGCUCAAAGACGGCCAGGUGUCGUACGAGGACAGUGCGCUCGUCCAAGCGGUGCGCUCCGGUCACGUUCUGGUUGUGGACGAGGCGGACAAGGCGCCAGUGAACGUGACCUGCAUCCUGAGAACUCUCGUGGAGAGCGGCGAGAUGGUGCUGGCCGACGGUCGGAGGAUUGUGCCACCGGGUGCCGGCAAUCGAGUGCCCAACUCCAUUGAAACGCAUCCCGAUUUCCGGCUGAUUGUGCUGGCCAAUCGUCCUGGGUUUCCCUUCCUGGGCAACGACUUCUUCGCCGCUUUGGGUGAUGUCUUCAGCUGUCACGCCAUCAGCAAUCCCGAUCCGGACUCCGAGAUCUUCCUGCUGCAGCAGUACGGUCCGCAGGUGCCGAUCAAAACGCUUCGCACGCUGGUGAACGCCUUUGGAGAGCUGCGCACGCUGGCCGACGAGGGAAUGCUCAACUAUCCGUACUCCACGCGCGAGGUGGUGAGCAUUGUGAAGCACCUGCAACGCUACCCGGAGGAGAACAUGUCCGAGGUGGUGGGCAACGUGCUGGACUUCGAUCGCUACCAGCCGGAGGCCCUGCAGCAGGUCACCGCAGUGCUGGCCAAGCACGGCAUCGAGUCGUACGCCGAGGAGGAGAUCCAGGCCAUCCGCAGGCAGAAGACGCUGCAGGCGUCCGUGAAGCGCCACAGUGGACUUGGUGUGUCGGGGCCGAAGUUUGGCAAGCUGGAUCCCAAGAACGAGCCGCAUGUCGGCGGCAAUACGUGGGCAGGUGGCAGCGGUGGGCGUGACACCGCCGGACUGGGCGGCAAGGGCGGUCCCUUUCGCCUGGACAAGGGGCACAAGGUGCACCAGCUGAGCGACGAGGAGAAGGCCGACGUGCCCGAGGAGAUUAAGCGGGCAGCGCGCGAGAUGAACCGCAAGGCGUUCGAGGACAAGCUCAAGGAGAUCAAGAUGUCCGCCCACGACCACCAGCUGUACGCCCAGUUCAGCGAGCCGAAUCGCAAGCAGGUGCAGCAACUGAAGGCCGUCCUGGAAGCCAUGCAGACCAAGAGCAAGGAGCGCCAGUGGCAGAAGUACCAGACGCACGGCGACCUGGAUGACACGCGGCUGGUGGAGGGCAUCACCGGCGAGAAGAACAUCUACAGGCGGCGGGCGGAGGCGAAUCCCUGGGCGGAUCACGUCCAGGAGAAGCCCAACCGACUCAAGCUGGUCGUGGACGUCUCGGGAUCGAUGUACAGGUUCAACGGCUACGAUGGACGGCUGGACCGUCAGUUGGAGGCAGUGGUCAUGGUGAUGGAGGCUUUCGAGGGCUUCGAAAAGAAGAUAGUCUACGACAUCAUCGGCCACAGCGGCGAGGGCUGGGAGAUUCCGUUCGUGACCGCUGGCAGUCCACCGAAGAACGACAAGGAGCGCUUCGAGGCCAUCCGGAUGAUGCACGCCCACUCGCAGUUCUGCUGGUCCGGGGAUUCCACGGUGAAGGCGGCGCGGGAGGCCUGCUCCACGCUGGGAGCGGAGCAGGACUACGACAACGCCAUCGUCGUCGUUCUCAGCGACGCCAAUCUGCAGCGCUACGGCAUCGCUCCCAAGGAUCUGGCAGUGGCCCUCAAGCGGGGCGAACCGAAGGUCAAGGGCUAUGCCAUCUUCAUCGGCAGUUUAGCCGAGGAAGCCGAUGAGAUUAAUGCGGAAAUGCCGGCGGGUCAGAGCUUCGUCUGCAUGGACCUCACCAAGCUACCUCACAUCCUGCAGCAGAUCUUCACAUCCUCGCUGCUUUAGGAUCGCGUAUCUAGUGCAAUUUGUAGAUAGUUUAAGUUUAUGUUGAACACAGUGUUGAUAAUUCCAAUUGUAGUUAAGCCUGAAUUGAGUCUAUAAAUCGAUUUUUAUCUAAAAUAAAGAAUAAAAUGUACAGCAUAAA